AUGAAGAUCACCACCUGGAAUGUCAGGGGUCUAUCGACUCUUGACAAAAGAUGCUUGGUCAAACGAGCGUUGGCUAGAUGUAGCAGUGACAUAAUUGCAAUUCAGGAAACAAAAAUUAAUCAUGAUAAGGAGGAUCAUUUUAUUAAGUCAUGUAAGGUAUGGGAAGGUUUCUUCCAAGAAGCAAUUGGGACAGCUGGAGGGUUGGGUGUGAUGUGGAACCCUUCUCAAGUUAAACUAUCCCUCUUGGAGAAAGCUGAACAUUGGAUUUUAUGUACAGUCUUCAGCUUUAAGGAGAAUCUAAAUUUCCCCUUAAUUAACGUAUAUGGACCAACGAAAACUUUGGAAAAGGCUCAGUUGUGGCAGGUCCUUAUGGAUAAAAUUUUAGUUAUGGAUAACGACAAGAUAGUAGUGGCUGGUCACUUCAGCGCCCUACCAGAUUUGCGAGAGAAAUGGGGAGGUCUGAGAAUGCCAAAUAAGGUAAUGGAAGAUUUUAGAGAGUUUGUCAAGCAGAAUCACUUAAUGGAUGUGAUCCAUUCUAAUGGGCUUCGACAAGGAGAUCCUUUGUCACCAUUUCUUUUUGUUCUUAUGGUAGAAGUUCUUGGUAGGCAUAUCAAGAACAAGGUUGGGCUAGGUUCCUGGAAAGGAUUUCUUAUACAUGACAGAUUGCCUCUGAUAUCCCAUUCGCAAUUUGCGGACGAUACUAUUAUUUUUGGUGUUGCAUCAGAAAGAGAAGCUCUCGUCAUCCGGAAGGUGUUAGAAGAUUAUGAAACAGACUCAAGUCAGAGUAUGAACAAGCAAAAGUCAAGGAUAUAUUUCCUCAAUACAAGCAAGAGAACUCAGGAAAAGAUUACAAGGGUGUUGCAAUUUAGCCAGGGUUCCUUUCCUAUUCAAUAUCUUGGGGUCCCUUUAUUCGCAGGCAGAUUGGAUAAUAGACUUUGGGAGGAAGUAGUCAAUAAAUGCAAAGCUAAAACUGUCCUCUGGAAGAACAAGUGGCUUUCACAAGCAGGUCACAUCCAAAUGAUUAAAGCAGUGUUAGCCGUUGUGCCCAUCUAUUAUAUGUCAUGCUAUAGGGCUCCACACAAGGCCUUGUCUGCAUUGGAUGGCAUGCUAAAAAGCUUCAUUUGGGAAGGCUCACGGGAGGAAAGAAAGAUCCCUUUGAUAAGUUGGGACACAGCUUGCUUUCUCAAGGUGGAUGGAGGAAUAGGUCUUAGGAAGAUGAAUCUGCAGAACCUGGCUCUAGGUAUGAAACUCGCGUGGAAGAUGUACAGCAACCCACAAAAAGGAUGGUGUAAGUUGAUGUCACUCAAAUACAUGAAUUUGAACGAGCCAAAAGGAAUCUUCACCUUGGCUAACUUGACUGGUGGAUCUCCUAUUUGGAAGUUCAUUUGGGAGAGCCGCAGGAUCAUAACAGAGCACUUGUCAUGGAAUUCAAGUGAUGGCCGCAAAGCUAAAGUUUGGAGGAACUCAUGGAAUAGAGAUAAGGCAUUGGAGGAUGAGUUCGAUGAUCAAGAUUAG